CAGAGACUUUAGAGAAGUUUCCAAAAAAGACCAGCGUUCCUCUGGAGAGGAUUCCAGCCGCCUCUCUGCUGCGCACUCAGAUUUGUCCGUCUCUGCCUCCACUCUCUGAACCAGCUCUCCUCUUUCUCCUCGGCUGCUAGCAGAAACCCAGGAAAUCAACCAUGGAGGCCAUCAAGAAGAAAAUGCAGAUGCUGAAGCUAGACAAGGAGAAUGCCAUAGAUCGCGCAGAACAAGCAGAGAUAGACAAGAAAGGAGCAGAGGACAAAUGCAAACAGCUGGAAGAGGAGCUCUUGGGCCUGCAGAAGAAGCUGAAGGGUGUGGAGGACGAGCUGGACAAAUACUCCGAAUCACUGAAGGACGCUCAGGAGAAACUGGAGCAGGCCGAGAAGAAGGCUACGGACGCCGAGGCCGAGGUGGCGUCCCUGAACAGACGUAUCCAGCUGGUGGAGGAGGAGUUGGACCGCGCUCAGGAGAGACUGGCCACCGCGCUACAGAAGCUGGAGGAGGCUGAGAAAGCUGCGGAUGAGAGCGAGAGAGGAAUGAAGGUGAUCGAGAACAGAGCAACAAAAGACGAGGAGAAGAUGGAGAUCCAGGAGAUGCAGCUGAAGGAGGCCAAACACAUCGCUGAGGAGGCUGACCGCAAAUAUGAGGAGGUGGCCCGUAAACUGGUGAUUCUUGAGGGUGAGCUGGAGCGCUCUGAGGAGCGAGCUGAAGUGGCUGAGGCCAAAUCUGGUGACCUAGAGGAAGAAUUGAAAAAUGUCACCAACAAUUUGAAGUCCCUGGAGGCACAGUCUGAUAAGUACUCCACAAAGGAAGACAAAUAUGAAGAGGAAAUCAGAGUACUGACUGACAAACUUAAAGAGGCUGAAACGCGUGCUGAGUUUGCUGAGAGGUCUGUGGCGAAGCUCGAGAAGACCAUUGAUGAUUUAGAAGAGAAACUGGCCCAGGCCAAAGAGGAGAAUCUGAACAUGCACCAAGUGCUGGACCAGACCCUUCAGGAGCUCAACAAUUUAUAAAGCACACAGCUCUCCAGCGAGGCCUGAUGCCGCUCUUUGCUUGAUAAGUCAAUGUCUUAGUCACACACUUGCCGUACUCUUUCCAAACAGCUCGAUGCAAACAAUGUCUUACAAUAGAGCGAAGCCAGCAGUACACCAAACACAUUAUAAACAUGGAUUUGUAGUAUGUGUAAGAAAUCCAUCGUGACCUUCUAAUUUGAUUUAUUCUAAAGGGCAUGUUUACUACAAACAUAGCUUUCUGACCUAAUCUGAAAAAAUCCUGUAAUUCUCAACUUUGGACUUAAACCUUAUACUAACACUUUAAAAACAAGAGUUUGUACAAUGAAAUCACUUUUGAAGUAAUUUUUUUUUUAAAAGCUUUUUCAUUGAUUUGUACUAAAAUGCACAACUGUGAUUGUAACUAAUAUCAGCUGCAGACUUGUAAUAUGAAUGUUUCCUCAUUUCCAUGGCCUUUCAGUGAAAUUCGCUGCUCCAGAUGCAACAUGUGGAUCUCGUGUCCCGCUCCCAGGGAAGAGGGUCCAGAAUACAUUUGUGCUGAUAAACCCUUGCUUUAAAACAGUAGACAACACUAAAUCAUCUGGCAUAAUUAUAUACAAUUAGACAUGACUUCUGUUUUUGACUAGAAUAACUCCUGCAAAUGUUUGCAAACAUUUCUUCUGUCUGUUUGACAGAUCUGACCAAAUCUGUGAAGAAUAACAGUCAUGUACUCGAGGUGAUGAUAAUAAUAAUGAUACUAAUUAUUAAUGAUACAGUUAUUAUUUCUGUGUUACAUAUGUGAAAGAAUGCAAUGGAUUUACUUUAAAACUUUGUCUAACUCUCUCUAAUGCAAAUCACUGUUAUAAAUCCUAGAAAAAACACUGCGUUUAGGUGGUAUAUUAAAGUUAUGACUUGGAUCAUUCUUGCACACAUUUUUAAAUCAUUCCUGCAAUUUUUAUGCAUCACCCAUUUAUGUAUCCUAUGCAAUUUUUUGAGCUAUUUGAUUAAAAUUAAUAAAAUAUUUAAAGCAGAA